UUGGGAAUUCACCACAUUGCUACAGUAAUUGUACAUACCAUUGCUGCGAGGUAUGUUAUCACACAGAUCUGCGGGCUUAGCGGCAGCACUGCUACUAGUGCACGCAUGUGCAGGCGUACAUCUGCACACACAAGACAACAAUGUUCCCUCACAGAAGUCCAUUGAGCGUUUCAGGGCAGACAACGAUGCCUAUUUCCACAUACCUAAGCAGUUUCUAAAAGACUCAGAUGCAGCGUUAGACGAUGCGGAUACCCCACCAAAUGUGGACAAGGUUGUGUCCGUGGUAUAUAAACACCCUACUACCCAUGACUUCUACUUGGCGGAGAAGUCUGCUGCAAGAGCUCGUGACGACCCACGUGCAUUGGUUCUGGGGGAGUUCGAGGACAGUGCCAAGGAAACUGGAUGGGGACGUUUGUCUAUUGAAAGCUUGUUUGACGAGGGUACACCGUUAAGUUGGGUACAGCAGAGCGAUGUGUUUUACGCAGCAGGGUACCUGGAGGGACAUCUCAGCUGUGAAUACAUAGGUAUGU